ACCUCUAAAGAUCGCCUCACUGAUUUCUUCUACGAGCUGAGGAAGGAAGUUCAUUAAACAACCUUAAACGACAUGUCUGGAAGAGGUAAAACCGGAGGUAAAGCCCGCGCUAAAGCGAAGACUCGCAGUUCUCGUGCUGGGCUGCAAUUCCCCGUCGGCCGUGUGCACCGUCUUCUGCGUAAAGGCAACUAUGCUGAGAGGGUAGGUGCUGGUGCUCCUGUGUACCUAGCCGCUGUGCUCGAAUACCUCACCGCUGAAAUCCUCGAGUUGGCGGGAAACGCUGCAAGAGACAACAAGAAGACUCGCAUCAUCCCUCGCCAUCUUCAGCUGGCCGUCCGUAACGACGAGGAGCUGAACAAACUGCUCGGCGGAGUGACCAUUGCCCAAGGCGGUGUUCUUCCCAACAUCCAGGCCGUGCUUCUGCCCAAGAAAACGGGCCAGGCUGUUCCUAGCACCGGUAAAUCGGGAAAGAAGGGUUCUUCUCAAUCACAAGAGUAUUAAGCGCAAUGCUGAACUGAGAUAAUGCACCCAAAGGCCCUUUUAAGGGCCAC